CAGAAUGCCACAGCAACAGUAGGCCUCCCAACUGACCUAGAAGUGUCCACUUUCCUUAUAACGUUCAGCUUCUGAAGUCUUGAGUGGGCCGGAUGGUUGAGUUAACCACACAGACUCCAGUUUCAGGGCGUCCUCAGGUGUGGAGCUGGUUGCUAAGGACUCCUGCUGUGGCUAUGGAGAGAGUAAUGUGACAUCAAGCUGACGCAUCCAGCUCACAGCAGCCGCAAGGGGAGAUGGUGUCUGGAAAACAAGCUGUUCAGUCCACAUUUGGUCCAUCACAGAGAAUCUUGGAGUUGGCUCAACACAAAACCUCAAAAACAGUCUGGGCCACGACUCCUUGUGAGAAGCUGAGCUGGGGCAACCAGGGGCCUGUAUGGCCCAUCUCCGCUUCAGCGCUCGGAGCCGCUCCAAGUGCAAGAAUCCAAUACCUAUCCAGGCACAAAAGAGAUUUCUCAGCAAGGGAGGACCACCGGAGGAAGGAGGAGGAGGCGACGGCGAGCCUCUUCAGGAAGACCCAGCGACCUUCCUCCAAGACGUCCCAGUACGAAAACACCCUGCGUUUGUCGACACCCAGAACCAGGACUCGAAGCUCCCAGGAUGCAGGGCCUCCUCACACGCCUCAGUGUGAAAAAAACUGUCCUGUGUGGCACACCGAUCCCAGGGUGAAAAGUGCCGUGAUCACACCUCGACUGCUGCAGCUUUCCAAACCCAAACUCGCACAUCCGGACUUCCAGAGGAGCAGGGAGAGCGUUGCUUCCAUCGUCUCUCCCUCAUCCAGAAAAGCUCGCAUCUCGCAGAGACUCGUCCAGCUGUCGCUGCCCAGACUGAAGGAGAGCAACAUCUGCUGCACACUUGGACGUCCAGAGGAAUCCAUCUGGACUGUUUCAAGAGCAGCGAGGAGAGCCACAGCGAGCGCUCGCAUUGAGAUGCUGGCAGAACCAAAGCAGCUUUCCAAGGACUACAUCCCACCACGAGACCCAGAGUGGAGCCGGAAAAACGUCCAGUCCAUCUGAGUGCGCGUCGCCAUCGAGUCGGUGUUUCACCAGACUGAACUCUUUGUGUUUUCCACCCCAGACUAAAGCAGAAACAUUUAAAGGUCGAAAUUCAGAUCCUGUAUUCGUGUUUCUGUGCUUUAUUUACAUUCACAGCCUCUUUAAUGGUAAUUAUGACAGUUAUUUCGAGCGAGUUAUCACAGCUUGUGAACAGAAAAAGUAGUACCAAGAAUGAACCCCCGACUUACUGUGAAAUUAAUGACGAGCCAGAGAGAUCCAACAGGGAAACACUGGAGUGUCUGUCUCUGUGUAGCUCUGUCGUCAUCGUCAUCAGCAUGUCUAUGAAAUCUUAAAUGAGUUAGCGUUGGACUGGAUAUGGCUGACAUGAUAUAUUGCUGGUUUAAAUCUCUGAUGCCUUGGCAGAUUGAGGGAGUAAUGUUAAGAAUAAAAACAUGUCUGUGGCUCUCUCUGUCUACAGUCUGCAGCUUUUGUCUGAGCCUUGGCACGAUACUGCGAUCCACGUGGUUUUUGCCUUUGCAGCCGAGCAGGAUUCUGCAUUUUAUUACAACCAUGUGU